AUAAAGAUCUAACCCACAAAACAUAAAUAAGUAAAAAAGGCAUGGGAAGGUCACCGUGUUGUGAGAAAGCUCACACAAACAAAGGAGCAUGGACAAAAGAAGAGGACGAGAGGCUCAUAGCUUACAUUAAAGCUCAUGGCGAAGGCUGCUGGAGAUCUCUCCCCAAAGCCGCCGGCCUUCUCCGGUGUGGCAAAAGCUGCCGUCUCCGGUGGAUCAACUAUCUCCGGCCUGACCUUAAGCGUGGAAACUUCACUGAAGAAGAGGACGAGCUCAUCAUCAAGCUCCAUAGCCUUCUUGGCAACAAAUGGUCGCUUAUCGCUGGGAGAUUACCGGGAAGAACAGAUAACGAGAUAAAGAACUAUUGGAACACACAUAUACGAAGAAAACUUAUAAACCGAGGGAUUGAUCCAACAACUCAUAGACCAAUCCAAGAAUCGUCAGCUUCUCAGGAUUCUAAACCUACACACCUAGAAGCAAUCACGAGUAACACCAUUAAUAUCUCCUUCGCUUCUUCCUCCUCUACUCCGAAGAUGGAAAUAUUCCAGGAAAGCACAAGUUUUCCUGGAAAACAAGAGAAAAUCUCAAUGGUUACGUUCAAAGAAGAAAAAGACGAGUGUCCAGUUGAAGAGAACUUUCCAGAUUUGAAUCUUGAGCUCAGAAUCAGUCUUCCUGAUGUUGUUGAUCAUCGUCAUCAAGGCUUGGUCGGAGAGGGAAAGACAACAACACCACGACGUUGUUUCAAGUGCAGUUUAGGGACGAUAAACGGGAUGGAGUGCAGAUGCGGAAGAAUGAGAUGCGAUGUUGUUGGAGGUAGCAACGGCAGUGGCAAGGGGAGUGACAUGAGCAACGGGUUCGAUUUUUUAGGGUUGGCAAAGAAAGAGACCAACACUUGUCUUUUUGGUUUUAGAAGCUUGGAGAUGAAAUAAUAAUGAUUGUUAAAUUUAGCUAAGGCGCGUAACUGUACAAACUCUUUUUGUGCCUAGAGAAUUGAUUCCAUGGUAAAUUCUUCAUCCCUUUGUAUGACAAAUUUACUGUUGGAUUUUAUAUAUAGUCUUGCUGAACAAUUUUUUGAGAUCGUAUAGUAUAAUUUGUAAACAUUCAAUGAUUUGCAGAUCAGAUUUUCACAGAGAAAUCAACUAGAAUUUGAGUUUCAUAGUUUGAGACGAGACGAAUAGGGACUGUAGAUCGAUCUCUACUUUAUAUGAGAGUAUAAUUUCUUAUGGUUGAGAUUAGUUUAUGUGGUACGUAAGAGGUUCGUUGCCCAAAAACAACUCAUUAUCCUAUGUUGGAGAUAAGCCAAAUAAGGAGAAAAAGAUUAUUAGUAAAAUGCUUUCAUCACAUAAUAAUUGGAUUAUAAAGAGAUGAUAUUUUGUUAAGCUGUCUAAUAAAAGAUGAACGAUACUUAGGUUUUACCUUUUGGUGAAUGGUUAAAUUCACCACACUCUUUAUAACAAAUUAAAGUGUCAUAUAUGAGUAAUUAAAAAAGAUAAUAAAAAAAAAAAAACUGAAAAAAAAAA